AUGAAUAAAUUACUUUUCUUAAGUGUAUUUUUAAUAGCUCUUUUUGCUCAAGGAGUUCUUGCUGGUUAAAAGUGCAGAGCCUUGGCAUUAUAAGCAGGUGGUGACUUAGGUUCCUUUGAAGCUGGUGCUUACAAGGCCUUAGUCGACAACUUACCAGCUGAAGAAGUUUAAUAUGAUGUCUAUACAGGUAUUUCUAUUGGUAGUAUCAACACUUUGGGAUUAUCUCAAUUUGCUAAAGGUGAAGAAAAGCAAUAAUCUGAUUGGCUUAUUAGUUUGUGGUCAAACCUCAAAAGAACCGAUGUUUAUAAAAAUUUCCCUGGUGGUAUCGUUCAAGGUUUGUUUUUCGAAAGAGGUAUUUUCGAUAGCUCUCCUGCUUUAGCACUUUUGAAAAGAUUAGUUACCAAGCCUCCUCAAAGAAAGAUUUCAAUGGGUACUUGCGACUUAAAAACUGGUGAUUUAGUUAGAUAUUUUGAAAACCACCCCUCUGAUUUCCUUGCCGAAGCUGCCUUAGCUUCUGGUUCUAUGCCAACUUUCUUCCCUUACUCUACUCUUGAAGAUCACACUUAUGUCGAUGGUGGCACUACUGGUACUUUGAUCGAUUUCCACGCAGCCAUCUAAAGAUGUCGUGAAACUGUUGAAUCAGACUCCGAUAUUACUUUGGAUCUUAUUUAUGUCUAAUUCGCUUCCCUUGAUUUCUGGAGUUCUGAUAAGAAGAAGAAAACCUUUGAAGUCUACUAAAGAUCAUAAGCCAUUCAAUCAUACUCCACCGUAUACAAACUCUUAUUGGAAGCUAUGGAUAUUUAUCCUGAUGUUAAUUUCCGUUAUGUCAUCAAGCCAUCUAAGGCUUUAUUCAUGCCUAAAUUACCUUUCCUCUUCGACAAUAAAUAAAUGAAUUAAAUGAUCUAACAAGGUAUUGAUGAUGCUACAAAUAUCAUCAAGUCUAGCGGUCUUAAUGGUAAUGCUAGAGAAGUCUAUGAAGAAAGUGUUAAGCUUAUGUAAAAGGAAAAUGCUUUCUAUCAACAUUCUCAAACCAACAAAACUGAAAAAAUGCUCGAUGCUUAUAACAAAAUCAAAAACAGCUUAAAUCUUUGA